AUGCAUCGGAGCGAAGAACAAUUGAUGAAGCCAUGCGACGUAUUCAAUCCAACACAUGCAUCCGUUUCAAACCGAGAACCAAUGAAAGAGAUUAUGUUGAAAUUCAGAAUCAGGCUGGUCAAGGGUGCUACACAAGUGUUGGACGUCCCGGUGGCAAAAGUGUUCUGAUGCUGGAGGCAGGAGGGUUCUGGUUCAAUUCAUCGUUUCGAAAGCACAUGAGAACUCUGCUACAUGGCUACAUGGCUGUAGGCGGCCCCCCAAAAAUCCGUUUUCCUGUCAAAGAAGUUAUAUUAGCUGCAUGCAAGACGCUGUGUAAAGUUUUUCAUGCACCUAUCGAAAUUCGUCUUGGGAGACAGACAGAAUACCGAUCCGUCAAAUUUGAAUAUCCCUUCUUCAGAUGUAUGGAAACACAGAUCGUUCAACACGAGUUGCUUCAUGUUGUCGGAUUGUGGCAUGAGCAUAUGCGCUACGAUCGUGAUAAGUACAUCAAGGUCCAUUACGAG